AAGAUCUCUUUCGUUCAGAUCGAGAAUCCCUUUAGUUCCGAUUAAGUGGUGGAAUUGGAAGCUUGCGUGACGUGUGCGUGAUUGAUGGAGUGACAGCUGUCUCCGAGGUAUCCUGAAGCAGAAAGAAUUCCAGUAAAUGUGCAGCUCCACCUAUGCAAAACCAUCAGACUUCCUCGAAAUGAAUGCAGAUCAGAUUAUUGCCGAGAAGCAACUUCUCUGAUCUGGGUAUGUUGGACACAGCCUAACACCACUUUUGGAACUACUUGUACUUGAAUUCAGCUUCUUUCUUUACCUUGAAGAACAGAAUUUCAGCUUUCAGGAAUUUGAAGAUGUCUUCUAUAGAUCCUUAUCAGUACAUAAUUGUGGAACACCAGUACUCUCACAAAUUCCGAGUGAAGGUGGUACGAGCACAGAAUGUCACGAAAGGAGCAAUCGGUGAUUUGCUUGAUACUCCAGAUCCCUAUGUGGAGCUGUUUAUCUCAUCAGCUCCAGAAAGCCGGAAGAGGACAAGGCACAUUAACAAUGAUGUUAAUCCACAGUGGAAUGAAACCUUUGAAUUCAUACUUGAUCCUAACCAGGAGAAUAUCCUAGAGAUUACACUAAUGGAUGCUAACUACGUUAUGGAUGAGACCCUUGGUAAUGCUACGUUUCCUAUUUCAUGUGCAAAUAUUGAUGUAGGACAAAUAAAAGAAGUAGCCUUUUCAAUUGGUAAGGUGACCAAAGUAUUCAUGGAAUUGUUCCUUGAAGUUUGCUCAUCAACAGACCUGCGAUUCAGUAUGGCGCUAUGUGACAAAGAAAAGGCUUUCAGGCAAAAACGUAGAGAACGUGUAAUGCUGGGAAUAAAAAAUCUUUUAAAAAUGGAGAAGGGACGGUGUCUGCCUACAUCACAUCGGGAUGUGCCAGUGAUUGCUGUACUUGGGUCAGGGGGUGGAUUUCGAGCCAUGGUGGGAUUCUCUGGAGUUAUGAAGGCUCUAUAUGAGUCUGGUGUCCUUGACUGUGUCACAUAUGUUGCUGGUUUGUCGGGGUCUACGUGGUAUAUGUCAACAAUGUACUCUCAUGCUGAUUUCCCAGCAAAAGGACCAAAAGAAAUCAAUCAAGAACUGAUGAAAAGUGUUAGCAGCAAUCCUCUUUUCCUGCUUCUUCCCCAACACAUCAAACGUUAUAUUGAAGCGUUAUGGAAGAAGAAAGCAUCUGGUCAGCCUGUCACCUUCACCGACAUCUUUGGCAUGCUGAUAGGGGAGACGCUAAUACGCAAUAGGAUGGAUUACAGACUAAGCGACAUGCAGGGGAAGAUUAACGAAGGCCAGUGUCCUCUCCCGUUAUUCACCUGCCUCCAUGUCAAGCCGGACGUCUCUGAGCUGAUGUUUGCAGAUUGGGUGGAGUUCAGUCCUUAUGAAAUUGGAAUGGCCAAAUAUGGGACUUUCAUGCCACCUGACUUAUUUGGAAGCAAAUUCUUCAUGGGGACGGUGGUAAAAAAAUACAACGAGAAUCCAUUACACUUUCUCAUGGGAGUAUGGGGCAGUGCUUUCUCCAUUCUCUUCAACAGAGUACUGGGUGUAUCAAGUGCAAACAGCUCAGGAUCUACCAUGGAGGAAGAGCUUGAAAAUCUUAAGCCAGAGCACAUUGUUGGGGAGGACAGCCUAGACAAUGAUGAAGAACCUCGCAAAGCUGGCACAGAGAGCUCAGAGAUUGAAGAAGAGUACCAGAGGAGUGCCCAGGCCAGUUGGGUGCAGCGCAUGUUCACCUCCUUGAUCAGUGAUUCUUCCCUCUUCAAUACCCGUGAGGGACGUGCUGGAAAGGUUCACAACUUUAUGCUGGGUCUGAAUCUCAACACAACGUUGCCAUACUCACCGUUUGGGGGCCUGCUGUGCAACUCCAUAGAUGAAGAAGACUCUGUAGUUACAGAUCCAGAUGAAUUUGACCGCAUCUAUGAACCCCUGGAUGUGAAGAGUAAAAAGAUCCAUGUGGUCGACAGUGGGUUGACAUUUAACUUGCCAUACCCCUUGAUUCUGAGACCACAGCGAGGAGUGGAUCUUAUCAUCUCUUUUGACUUUUCUGCACGGCCCAGUGAUUCAAGCCCUCCUUUCAAGGAACUGCUGCUGGCAGAAAAAUGGGCUAAAAUGAAUAAACUUCCUUUUCCUAAAAUUGACCCCAAAGUACUUGACAGAGAAGGAUUAAAGGAAUGUUAUGUUUUUAAACCUAAAAAGGGUGACAAAAACUGUCCCACUAUUAUCCACUUUGUCUUGGCCAAUAUCAACUUCAGAAAUUUCAAGGCUCCAGAUGUAACACGAGAUACUCAGCAAGAAAGGGACUUUGCAGACUUUGAUAUUUUUGAUGAUCCUGAAACGCCAUACUCAACGUUCAACUUCCAGUACUCCAAUCAAGCGUUCAAACAGUUGCAUGAUCUGAUGGAAUUCAACACACUUAAUAACAUUGAUGUCAUUAAAGAAGCCAUCAUUGAAAGCAUCCAGUUCAGGAGGGAAAAUCCAUCUCGCUUUUCUGUGUCUUUAAAUGAAAUAGAAACCAAAAAAUUUUUAAACAAGGACUUCAGAAGCAAACGCCACACUUAAUCAGACCGUUUUGUUUUCUUCAUGUUGUACCUUGCAAAGCCAACUUUUCUUUAUGCAAGUUUCAGUCAUCAGUAGUGACUACUGUUGUUAUUCUUGUCUAAAACUGUAUCUGAAUUAAUACACAUGCAUGUAUAACAUUCUGAAAAAGAACCUUGGUGGGCUCUUAAAGGUCUGAGCCCUCCCUGUUUGUCACUGAAUGUGUGCAGUUGCAGACUCAAAAUAACUUGCUUGUGUGUGAGGUAAAUUAUUAUUAAUAAUACAUUUUAUUUAUAUAGUGCCUUUCCCACACUCAAGGCACUUAUUGAAUAAUUAUAUAUUGUUAAUUACUAAAUUUCACUUAAUUAGGUACUGUGCAGCCUACUAAAUUUUAAGCAGUGUACUUUUGAGUAAUGUAAUUCUUGUUUUGUUUCUCUCUAUUAUGAAAUAAUUAUUUGUACAGUAUAAAAACUGGAAAUUGUUUAUAGAUUCUGAUUUUUAGACACCAGACCACCCCCCAUCCAGGCAACACUCACAAACCUUCACUAUUCUAAUUUUUAAAAUGGAAUGUACUGUACUGUAUCCAGCAUAAUGAGGAGAAUCAGAGAAAAAGGUGUGUUUUGUUUGGGAGAAAGAUAAAACAAUGUUGGCAGCAAAAUCAUUUACUGUUUAGUGUAACAAAAAGCAAUUCUGUAUACCUUACCUACCAACAAAAGCAGGAAAUGCACUGAGGAUGCAAAUGUCUGUUGUCUGUUUUAAUCAUGAGAAGGUAUCAUUGUUGAGACUUAUUCCUGCCAGACCAAUGCUGAUUUAAGUGUGUUCAAGCACAUUUCUGACUGCCAUCAGUGUACACAAAGCAUGGUUUGCUCUUGACUGAGCUUCAUUAUUUUAGUAAGCCAAGCAAUGACAAAAGAAGAAAUGAUUUAUGUUAUACUUAUAUAGUAGAAGUGCAGUGACAUUGGAAGAUUUUCAUCUUAGCCACAUCCCUUUAAUAAUGUCAUUUUUAGCUAAGCAGUCCUUUUGGUGGCUAACAUACCCUGCAGAACCUUUAUUCAUUAAGAAAAGUAUAUACCAAGCCAGUUGCUAUCUGGACAUGAAGCACUUUUGUGCUCUAUCUUCUGGGUAUUUUUUUGUUUAGUUUGAUUUUUUUUUUGUUGUAUUUCCACUUGUUGCUUUCACUUUUCAAUAGUUUCUUCUUAUUUGUGUGUCUCUUUUUGCCUACCCGAUGUAAAAUGAUAAAAGGAGCACAGAUAAAGAGUUGGGGUACCACCUUGGUAACCCUGUAUAACUUGAAAGGUUCGAGGGAAGUAAGCACACAAUUAGUUGCAGAGAUGUCUUUGCAGAUAGGAGUCCUACACAGAACUGAAACAGGUAGCUGUUUUUUUGGGCUAUGAAUAUAGAUAGUAGGAAAAAGCGGGUCCAGUAGGACGAACACCAGAGGUGACGUCAGUGAUGGAAGGGCCAGCGAUCAUCCGGUCUUUAGAAGAAGAAAGAGAGAAAGGAUUAGAAAACAGCGGCAACUCCUGGCUCAGAGGGUAACUACAUUCGAAAGAAUUCUUAAACUUCCUUCCGAUGCACGCACGCGUGACACCCCUUACCCUCCAUGCAUUGUUUGGUUUGCUACACUCUGCAGUUACUGCUUAAACAUUAAAUCCUGACAAACAUGUAUUCCUCCAUGUUAAACAUCAUAGAUAUUAUAGAUAUAAAUUGUGUGUUUUGUAGUGGGCAAUGUUCAUUUAAUCAUUGUUGCCGACACAAGCAGCAUUCCCACCAUCUACUUUAUCUUCCAGAAACUAGUGUUCAGUAUGAGGGGCGUGAAAGUUUUAUCAAUGACUGUGUCUGCUAUAUUAGCAGUAUAAUUAUUUGAGUGAAAUAGUUCAUUCAUGUCUACAGUUAGAAUUUAGAAAGUAGCUGUUUCAUGUAGAAUUAUUCUUGACCGUUGUGUGUACGUACAGUAUAUAUGAGAUUACAUUACAUGGUUUCUGUUGCAUCUGUGAAAUUAGAACUUUGUGUAGAUUUGACAUAAUUACAGCACCUUUUUUUUUUAAAUUUUAUUUAUUAAUUUUAUUGUAAUCAUUCCAUACAAAUAGAUCAAUUUAUAACAAAAAAAAAAUUGAAGACAAAUCAAACCCCACCCCUGAGAAGGAGAGCUUAGCCAAAGGAGAAUUGCUUAGGGCUUUUUAAUAAGGCAACAAUAAACAAAAGAAAGGAAGAAAUAUAUAUAGGUAAAUAAAAAAUGGAGAAGGGAAAUAAAUGCGGUAAUAGUUAUUUCUCUUAUUCUAAUAUAAUAUUGAUUAGAUCCUGCCAGGGUUUGAAAAAAUUCUGUACAGAUCCUCUAACUGAGAAUUAGAUUUUUUCCAAUUUCAAAUAAUAUAAAACAUCGGUUUCCCACUGACUUAUCAGAGGAGAGUUAGGAUUCUUCCAAUUUAACAAAAUAAGUUUGCGUGCCAAAAGUGUAGUGAAUGCAAUCACCGUUUGCUUGUCCUUCUCCACUUCAAGUCCGUCUGGAAGAACACCGAACACAGCUAUUAAUGGGUUAGGAGGGAUUGUGACCCCAAGGCUGUCUGAAAGGCACUUAAAAAUUUUGUUCCAAAAUGAUGUUAGUUUGGUGCAGGCCCAGUUUUAUCAAUGACUGUGUCUGCUAUAUUAGCAGUAUAAUUAUUUGAGUGAAAUAGUUCAUUCAUGUCUACAGUUAGUAUUUAGAAAGUAGCUGUUUCAUGUAGAAUUAUUCUUGACCGUUGUGUGUACGUAUAUAUGAGAUUUCAUUACAUGGUUUCUGUUGCAUCUGUUAAAUUAGAACUUUGUGUAGAUUUGACAUAAUUACAGCACCUUUGGAUGAUUUUAGAAAGCAGAGAGCUGUUUGUCCCCAGAGAUGGCAAAAAUGUCAUUACUUUUCAUAACAGAAGUAUGUUUCAAACAGAUAAUUGCCUUUUAAUUAGUUUAAUAAUUUGCAAGUAAUAAUGUUUUUAUUUCCUUUAUUCACUUUUUAUUUUACAACCUUAGUUUUGUUUCAGUGCUUAUGUCUAGUGCCUGACAAUUUCAUAUACUUGUAUUUCUUUUAUUUCUUUUACUUCGACCAAAGUGAACAGCUGGAAUAAUUUUAAUUUUUUAAGAAUUAUAUAUACUGUGUGUCAAAGUACUGUACCUGUACCUUCUGUUAAUCUUAUUAAUGGAUUAGUUAAGAUUAAAGUUAUUAGGUGUGGUGGGUAUGUCUUUAACACUUGCAGCUUUGGAUGCCUCAGCUUUACCUAUUGUGAGAUUCUUCUCAUAUACAGUAAUUUUGUGACUAAUUGCAAUAGUAAACUCAAAGGCCACAUGUCUGUUGAAUUUAUAUUUUUAUUCAAUGCCUCAAUGUGAC